GGAUGGGCAGGAAGAAGGAAAGGUGCGGUGCGUGCCCAAACCGCAGCGUGUCCUGUCACUUAUUCCCACAGUUUGGCAUUGGACAACGGCCGGAGGUGGAGCAAAGACCAAACGGAAAGUGCCAUCGUUACAGUCCCUGCUUUCCUCUUUCCGCCUCAAAGGCCGUGGGACCCCAGCCCCAGCCAUGGAGCGGUGCCAGGUGCCGCCACAGGCCGGGUUGGGCCGCGGGGGGCCCCGGGUCCGCAGGGGGGGACGCUCCGGCGGCGCGGAGAGCUCGGACCCAGCGAGGGCCGCGGCGGCGCCCCUGAGACACCGUGCCCCGGCCGGGCGGGACCGGGCUCCCCCCGCCCGGCGGGCUCGGCCCCAGCCCCCUUCGGGCGCGGGGCUCCCGGGAGGCUUCGACCGCCGCUGCUGGAUGGCGCUGCACAGCGAGCGGCUGCCGCCGAACUGCAGCGCCCAGCCCGCCCCCGGCACGCCAGGAGAUGACCGCAUCUACGCUGCACUGUUUGCAAAACUGAAGGAGUUGCUGGUGAGGAGGGCAUCAGAUGGAGAUCCUCCAGCACCUUUUCGGGACGGACAACAGUACUAUGAACAGGGGUUGUAUGAAGAAGCAUUAACGCAAUUUAAAAAAAUUGAGGAUACAGAUUUUCAAGCCAUGUAUCAACUUGGUGUAAUGUAUUAUGAUGGACUAGGCACUGAAAAAGACCCUGAAAGGGCAGUGGAAUACAUGAAUAAAAUACUCAACUCUGAUUCUCCAAAAGCAAGACACCUGAAGGUUGCAGCUGCAUACAAUCUUGGCAGGGCGUAUUACGAAGGAUGUGGUGUUAAGCAUUCAACUGAAGAGGCUGAAAGGACUACAGAAAACAAUGACAUCAAUAUGCUAGCCAAGAAAGCUGAUUGCCAUCCAACAUAUGUAGCCAAGGGGGUUGCUAUGGCUGCUUUCUACUUGGCUAGAUGCCUCCAGCUUGGCCGAGGCAUAAAGCAAGAUCAAGAUGCUGCUAAAAAAUACUAUUCUAAGGCCAUUCAGAGCUGUACAUGGAGAAUAUUCCCUGUGAUUCCUAAAGCUGCAUAUGGACAACUGGGAAGACAAAUCUGAGGCCCAGAUUUCACAUAAUCUGUGUAAAAAAGCUGCAGCAGAACCCAGACAGAAUACAAAGCACCAGCUUGAAUGCCUGAAGAUAUGCCUGUUUCUCAGUGCAGCUAUUUGGGGAACUGCCUAUCUCCUGCCAGAGAACUGCAGACAGAUGCUUGAACAGCCUCCAAAAUACAGGUUAGAGAAACACGGCCCAGAAGAACUGGGAUUGUGUGGGACAGUCUCUACCCUGUGUACCCCUGAGCUAGACUGGAUCUGUGCUCACCUACAAGCUGCAAACACCUCCUGGCUGCAACUUUUGAAUACUGGGAGAUCAGUGCUGAAAUUGCUGAUUAGAGUCAUGCCUAUCAUUCUCCAUUCUGCAUUUGUUCCCAGGGCAGGGAUUUGCAUGUGAGUAGGGUCAUCUGAACUGUAAUUGUCAGGAGAGAGUCACUCCUCUAGAAGCAUAUUCUCAAAAUGAGAGGACUUAGUACUUCUGCUUCAAGUUAGGAUCCAUGCGCAAAAUUAUUUAAAUUCUGAUUACUAGAUGGAGACAUAUUACAACUUUCUUCAAGUACCCUCAAAUACUCUUAUAUAAAUACUGAAAGUCUUCAGAAUCUUCUUAAGAAUGCAAAAUUCUUGAUCAACUUAUGUACUUAUGCAUUUGUUUUUCCAAAUUAUGAGUCAAAUGGAAAACA